UGCCUUCCAUUUUGUUAUUUGUGUCAGUUUCUAGCAUUUCGUACGUACAAUUUCCUAGUUUGAUGAUUGAAUAUGGCAUUAAAUGACGAAAAAAGUGCGUCAAAUUCAACCAAAAACAAUGUAAAACCGUAUGGCAAAGUGAUUCUCACGCUGAAAAAUCAGCUUUUGCCCGAGGAACGGCCUAACACACCAUCACAAAAAGAUGGCUUGAGUCUGGAUGCUGAAACAGAUUUGCGCAUUUACGGUUGUGAACUGAUACAAUCCGCCGGGAUUUUAUUAAAACUACCUCAGGUAGCUAUGGCGACUGGACAAGUACUACUUCAAAGAUUUUACUAUUCCAAAAGUUUAGUACGCCACCCAGUCGAACACACGGCUAUGGGCUGUGUUUGUCUCGCCUCAAAGAUAGAAGAAGCCCCCCGAAGGGUCAGAGAUGUUAUUAAUGUGUUCACGCAUAUUCGACAAGUGAACAAUGGAAAUCCUAUUCAUCCAGUUAUUUUGGACCAGAACUAUAUUCACACGAAAAAUUUAGUGAUCAAAGCCGAGAGAAGAGUUUUGAAAGAACUAGGAUUCUGCGUUCAUAUCAAACAUCCUCACAAGAUCAUAGUGUUGUAUCUUCAAGUUUUGGGUUACGAAAAUAAUCAAAAACUGAUGCAGUACUCCUGGAACUACAUGAAUGACGCUUUAAGAACUGACGUUUUUGUUAGGUACCAACCGGAAACAGUGGCGUGCGCCUGUAUUUAUCUCACAGCCCGUAAACUUAAAUUACCUCUACCGAAAAGCCCUCAUUGGUACAUCAUUUUUGGAGCGACGGAAAAAGAAAUCAGAGACAUCUGUGUGAAAAUCCUGAAACUUUACAAUAGAUCAAAGCCAAAUAUCGACGAUUUGGAGAGACAAGUGGAAGAAUUAUGCGAAAAAUACAAAUCGGAACGGAUCAAGGUUAAAGGAAUUAGCGGAGAGAAUUCGCCAACAAAUGAAUCGCAAAAUGUUCAAAAAACCUCCGCCCACAACGCCUGGGGUGGAUUUAUUAGUCGAUCGGGAAGCCAUAUGCCUCCACCAAUGAGCGAGAAAAGGUCACGCUCCAGGUCGGAAACGCGAUCGCCUGAUAGGAAGCACAAAAAGAACAAAAAGCACAACAGAUCCCGCAGCAGAUCGCAAUCGAGGACCCACAAGAAAAGCCACAAAAGGAAAAGCUACUCCCGAUCGCGAAGUAAUUCGCCGCACAAAUCUAGGAAGGCCAGGGACAGAAAAAAGUCGAGAUCUGUUAGUAACGAUCGCGAGACGAAGAACGAUCGCUACAUUGACAGGUAUGACAAGUAUGACAAAGACGCCAAAUACAAAGAUCACGACAGGGACAGCAAGUACAAAGAAGACAGGGAUCGGGAUAGAUACGAUAAAUAUGAAGACAAAAAGGACAGCAAAAAAUACGAUAGGGACGAGAAACACAGGGAUAGAGAUGACAAAUACAGGGAUAGGGAAGAAAAGUACUCUUCGAGGGACGAGAAGUACAAAAAAUCGAAGUACCGGGACGAAGAAAGGUCGAAAGACCGAAGAAGAAGGAGUUAAAAAAGAUUUUUUUAGGUGUAUAUUAUUUCUUAAAGUAAAUUAGAGACCUACGAUGUAAAAAAAGUGUACAGUUAAGUUUUCAAAUAAAUUAUAUUUUGAUCAAAACACAACUUCUCUUUAUUUAUUCACAUAAACAAAAAAACUCUAAAACCGCCUUUUUACAAUCAUUAUAUUAACUUACAUGUUUCUGCUCUCUGUUCUUACAUUUAGUAAAAAAAUAAAACUAUACAACAAUACUAUGAUUAAGCUAUUAUUAUGAGCGUGUGUGAAAGAAAAAAAUUGACAAAAAUUUUUGCAUUCCGCACGGUUUUUUACAGCGUCUUUUUUUUAUAGUUCCAACUAGAUCCAUUGAGCCACCCUGUAGAUACAUUGCACGUAAAAAAUCAAGUAUUAAGGAAGUUACAAUUAUAUUGCUUUAUGUCUGGUUCAGAAUUAUCAUAAUUGUAAAGGGUGUGCUAAAAAAUAGAUGUCAUGGUGAUUGAUCAAAUAUUUUCAUCAUAUAAUAUGUGAAAAAAGUGAGGUUAGGUGACAAUAUAUCAAGAAAAGUCUGUAUAUUUUCUGUAAAUCCCUGUAUAUUUAUGAGACUCGCUACAUAGACGUAGAAUUUCUGAACAACUCGAUGACAUUUUCCGAUAUUUUGUUUUUACCCUCAACUUGCAUAAAUGUACAAGAACUUUUGAAAAAGUGACAUUUUUUGAAAAUUCCUGUAUAUAUUUAUGAAACUUACUACACAGACGUAGAAUCAAAUUUUGAACAACUUUUCUCUUUGAUAUUUUUCGAUAUCUUGUGUCUUAACCCCAUUUUUUGCAUAAUAUGUCACAAAGACCUCUCUAAUUUACUAAAAUGACAGUUCUGUCUUGUCAGCUCUGUCAUUGUAACAAAUUACAGAAGUCCGUAGUACCUGAAAAAAGUCAUUUUGAGAUACCUCAAAAUGACUUUUUUCAUUAUUAUGUCGAAGAAAUUUGGAUUAAACCUUUUUUUAAUAUAACCCGAUAAUAAAAAUUUGUUUAAAACUUUUUGGCGCACCCUGUAAAAUAAUUUUUGUUACAAAAAUCAGUUUCAAGAUAUUUUUGUUUUUUCCCGUAGUUUUAUAAGUACUGUCUAAUAAUUUUUGACCAAAAAUAAACCACUAAUAAAAAAACCUAAUAAUAGCUUCCCAGCCUACUUGAUCAUACAUAUUUAUUCUUCCGUGGUAUUAAGAUAUUAAAACGACCACCAGUGGCGGGGGGUGGUUAUGUCAAUUUUUCUCCUAACAGUAAUCAAAGAAAUAUACUCUAAAAAAUACCAUAUUUAUCUCAGUGUCGUAGAUAGAAACCUGUAUAUGUUUCCGAAAUUUUAAAUUAAAACAGAACAAAAAAAAUGCCGAUUUAUCCAUCCACAAACACAUUUUUUGUUCAACUAUACCAACUAAA